GGAGGAGAUAUCAGAUCGUGGCGUGGGCGGCACCAUCUGUCUUUUGCUGGUGCUCUCGCCACCACUUUUAAAAAUCCUAGUGAUGAACUGCACUGAAAUAUAUUACAGCUAUUUUGCGCGACGUACUGUGGGAGGGCACAUAAUGCACAUUAAAUAGUUCGUAACGCGUAUGGAUUAGAUGUCUUGUUUAGAGAGAGCGAGCCUCUGUAGUAGGCUAGCCUUCGCGGGGAAGCAGUGGGACGUUUGUGGGAAACCCAACGUUUCCAUGCCACGCCAUAACCAUUGAGCCCACGGGCGCAGUGAAGGCAUCGGCUAGAUAGAUGGUUUUCAGAGCGUGGAGGAUAGAGAGAGGAAAUCUGUUGUGAUCACCGGUUUAAAUAGUCUGUUCAAAUGGAGAGACAUGGUGAUGAUGAUCCGAUGCAAACCAUAAUCAAUCAUGAUAAAGUAUCUGGUAAAACUUUCCUAGUACACAACCUCUCUGGUAGUCUUCUCCCUGAGUUGGAAGAGCAAGACGCCAUGAGGAGGAAUGACUAUUAUAUCCCUGUAUCCGGCGAGGAGAAGGCAGAUGACUUUGGGAACACUAAGGAUGGUGGCGUUAGCAAAUAUAGCAAGUAUGACUCCAUCCCAUUGAACUACCUCACGUCAGAUGAGGCAGCCUCAGGCCCAAAUCAGGGGCCUACAUUCCAGGACGGCCAGCGGCGGGUGGACUAUGUUCUCACAUAUCAUGUCCAGAAACCCCAGAGUGUUCGCCGCAAGACAUCCCGGUUUGCAGAUUACCGCAUCCUCAGGAGCCUGCGCCGCAGUCUGAGCAUGAUGCGAAGUGGGGACACGCCACCAUCCAAAGAAGACCCUGAGAUUGCUGCCCACAAGCAUCGCCUUGACUACCAUGAGGAUGACAAGCGCUUCCGGCAGACUGAGUUUGAGGAUAACCUUCGAGAGAUGGGACUGGAGCUUGAGAAGGAUGAGGGGAACAAAAUCCCAGGAAUUGGCUUCCUGAAGAUCCAUGCUCCCUGGGAUGUGCUCUGUCGGGAGGCAGAAUUCAUGAAGCUCAAGAUGCCCACCAAAAAGGUGUACGAAGUCAAACAGGGAGGUAAUGUGGUGGAGAGGAUCAAUCUGUUCAUCCACAAAGUGACUGCGCCACUUCAUCCUAAAGUGGAGCCAAAUAGACCCCAAAAUGUGAAGCAUCUUUCCCACCCGUUCUCCCGGGAAAAGCAGCACCUGUUUGAUCUCUCAGACAGAGAUUCUUUCUUCGACAGCAAAACCAGGGCCUCAAUAGUAUAUGAAGUGUUGAAACGUACAAGAUGCACGAAAGCCAAAUACACCAUGGGAAUCACCAGUCUCCUUGGCAACGGUGUUUACACUGCUGCGUACCCUCUUCACGAUGGGGAUGUUGACGGCAAGGGGGCGGAGGCCAAUGACAGAAAGAUCUUGUAUGAAGAAUGGGCAAGCUACAGUGUCUUCUACAAGUACCAACCAAUUGGGUUAAUCAGGAAGUACUUUGGGGAGAAGAUUGGCCUGUACUUUGCCUGGCUGGGGGUUUACACCCAGAUGCUGAUCCCUGCUGCCAUAGUGGGGGUCAUCGUGUUCCUGUACGGCUGUGCGACUGUGGACAAUGACAUUCCCAGCAUGGAGAUUUGUGAUCCGAGAAACAACAUCACCAUGUGCCCACUGUGUGACCGCGCUUGCAGCUACUGGAAGCUGAAGACCGCAUGCGGCACGGCCAGGGCCAGCCAUCUUUUUGACAACCCGGCCACUGUCUUCUUCUCCAUCUUCAUGGCCCUCUGGGCUACCAUGUUCAUGGAGCACUGGAAGAGAAGGCAAAUGAGACUCAAUUACAUCUGGGAUUUGACUGGCUUUGAAGAGGAAGAGGACCACCAUAGGGCUGAGUAUGAGAUCCAAGUCAUGCAGAAGACCCUGAAGAAACAGGAUAUGUCUCCCAAGGAUAAAAAAGUGAAACUGACAUGUACAGACCGUGCACCAGCAUAUAUGAUGGGAUUUUUCAUCAUGCUUUUUAUGGUUGGUGUGACCUUUGCUGUAGUGUUCGGGGUCAUCCUGUACAGAAUCUCCAUCAAGGCUGCCUUACACAUGAGCUCUAAUCCCACGGCUCGCUCCAACAUCCGGGCAACUGUCAAGGGCACAGCUGCUGUCAUCAACCUGGUGAUUAUCAUCAUCAUGGAUGAGGUCUACGGAGCCGUAGCUCGCUGGCUCACUCUUCUUGAGGUGCCAAAGACUGACAAGAGUUUUGAGGAGAGGCUGAUAAUCAAGACCUUUGUUCUGAAGUUUGCCAAUGCCUUCUCCCCCAUCGUCUACCUGGCCUUCUUCAGGGGCAGAAUGGUUGGGCGUCCUGGGGACUAUGUGUAUGUUAUCGGGUCAUACAGGAUGGAGGAGUGUGCCCACGCAGGCUGUCUGAUGGAGCUGUGUAUUCAGCUCUGCAUCACCAUGCUUGGCAAACAGCUCAUCCAGAACAACCUUUUUGAAAUCGGCAUCCCUAAAAUAAAGAAGAUGAUCAGGCGUCGGAAGUCUGACAUGGACUCUCAGCAGCAGGAGGACUAUAACAUGACCCUACAGCGUCAUGAGAAGGACCACUUCCUGGGUCCCUUUGUGGGCCUCAGCCCAGAGUACAUGGAGAUGAUCAUCCAGUUUGGGAUGGUGACCCUGUUUGUGGCCUCCUUUCCCUUGGCGCCACUCUUUGCUCUGCUCAACAACAUCAUCGAGAUCCGUCUGGAUGCUAAGAAGUUUGUCACAGAGGUCAGGAGGCCCAUCGCAGCCAGAGCAAAAGACAUUGGCAUCUGGUAUAAUCUUCUGAGAGGGCUCAGCAAAGUAGCAGUCAUUGUAAAUGCGUUUGUGAUUUCCUUUACGUCAGACUUCAUCCCUCGACUAGUCUACCAGUACAUGUACAGCCCCGAUGGCUCCAUGCACGGCUUUGUCAACCACACUCUGUCCUACUUCAACGUCAGUGACUUCCAGCCUGGCACUGCCCCUCUGCAGCCUAUGCACCUGGGGUAUGACGUGCAGAUAUGCAGAUACAAAGACUACAGAGAGACACUAUGGUCCAACACCCCCUAUGACCUCUCCAAGGAGUUCUGGGCUAUACUGGCUUGCCGGCUGGCCUUUGUCAUUGUUUUUCAGAAUGUGGUGAUGCUGAUGAGUGACUUUGUUGACUGGCUGAUCCCAGACAUUCCCAAGGACAUCAGUCUGCAGAUCCACAAGGAGAAGAUCCUCAUGGUGGAGCUCUUCAUGAAGGAGGAAGAGGGCAAGAAGCUCCUUCGAGACAACCACACCAACCAAAGUCCUUUUCAGCCCCGCUCUCGCCCUGCCUCGCAUACACAUUCUAACUGCUAGUGCCCUAGGUGGCGGCUCCAUCUGUCCGUUCAUCUGGUCUGUUUAAAAACCUUCAGUCCCUCUGUCUGGACUUGCACACUCCACACACACACACACACAGCGGCCUACUCAAGAAAAGAGGGAGGCAGUUAUUGGCAGGCUUCUGCACCUGCACCCCUUCUGACUUGUAGCAAGUCAUUGCCCAUCUUUUUGGUGAACCAGGUAUCAGGCAGAAGGCUCAAAGUGCUUUUUCUCUCUUUUGCACAAAAAUAAUACAAUGCAGGAAAACAUAUAGAUCUUUUUUGAAUAUGCAAUUUUGCUAGCUAAUGGUUUUUUUGUAACUUUUGCCUUUUUAAGACACUGAGAUCAGGUAAAGGAGCUUGCCAUUCUGCCUGUUUACCAUGCCAAUUUGCCCUUAUGUCAUGUUUUUUAUGUCCUGUUUGUUAUUAGACUAUUAGACAUCCAAUUGGCAACAGAUUUUCAUGCAAAUAUUCUAAAACCUGCAAAAAAACAAUAUGCAAAUUUUCCCACCAGAGAUGUUUCCGUGAAAUUGACAUGUUGUAGAUAAAAGUAUGUGCAUGAUGACGUAGUACACAUAAAAAUACCUUUUGCAGUUAAAUUCCCACAUACCGAAUAAAAAAAUUGCCUACAAGUUAAAGGUAUCCAUCACAUUUUCAAAUUUACUGAUGGUUUUCUCACAAAAAAAUGUUACGUUAUAUAGCGAGUGUGCCCACUUUGGUAUUGGCAAAUGCGCUCUAGCCAACGUAUUGGCGCGCUGUUGGCUAGAGUGCGCAUAUAGCCUACAUGAGGAUAUUAUGGACAAAAGAGCGAGAUUAUUUUUAUUUGUCAAAUAGCAGCCAAGCAUCGACGAUCAUAUCACCAGAAUAAGAUCCUCGAUAUUUACUGGAAAGGAGCAUCAAGCUCAUCACCUAGCACUUUCACCACCAUGUGAAGUUCAUCAUAAUUUAUUUAAUCUGUAGCCUAAAAAACUGCUUGCUUUCCCGACGAUUCGUAGUGGCAGGACCACACAUGUCAUCGCGUGACUCCCAAGUUUACUUCGAUAUGAUGGUUAUUCCACCGAUAUUUCUCGCAUAAUUAAUUUUACCUACACAAGAAGAACCCACCUUGUCGAUCGUAUUUUGUCGACAUUUGCAAAGUUUACUAAACAUUUGACUGUUUCCAUCAGACCUGUCAUUACCUUUUUUACCCUGACAUGUACUUUACCAGCAUAAAAAGUUUGGAUGGAAAACUUUAUAAUAGCCAUGUUGUGAAUAAAAUUCUAGCAAUUCAAACAUUUAGACUGGGACAGUGGCCUACAUUUCUGUUUCAUAAACACAAAUUACUUUGAAGGAGUUUAUUUUCUGAUUAACAAAAAUUUAAAUGGAUCCCAUGCACAGACAACUAUUUCAAGGAGAAGAAGGUAUUUUGUCAGCUCAUUUUGCAUUUCAUUUGUAAGUAAACUAUACUUUUUAAUGCAUAUCUGAUACAUAUUCAAUAUUGAAUCCUAUCAAUAUACACAGUCUACAAAACAUUAGGAACACUGUCCUAAUAUUGAGUCGCACCCUCUUUUGCCCUCAGGGUAUGGACUUAAUCAGGGAAUGCACUCUACAAAGUGUUGAAAGCGUUCCACAGGGUUGCUGGCCCAUGUUGACUCCAAUGCUUCCCACAGUUGUGUCAAAUUGGCUGGAUGUCCUUUGGGUGGUGGACCACACAGGAAACUGUUGAGUGUAAAAAAAAAAAAAAAACGACAGCGUUGCAGUUCUUGACACACUCAAACCAGUGCGCCUGGCACUUACUACCAUACCCUGUUCAAAGGCACUUAAAUCUAUUGUUUUGCCCGUUCACCUUUUGAAUGGCACACAAACAAUCCAUGUCUCAAGGAUAAAAAAUUAUUCUUUAACCUGUCUACUCCCAUUCAUCUACACUGAUUUGAGUGGAUUUAACAGGUGACAUCAAUAAGGGAUCAUAGCUUUCACCCGGUUUCACCUGGUCAGUCUGUCGUGGAAAGAGCAGGUGUUCCUAAUGUUUUGUACACUCAGUGUAUAUGAUUUGUAAAAACAGGAUCAACUUUCAUUAAAAAAAAAUCUUAACACAAGUUGCACAACAUCAUUAAAAGCCUUUUUAAAACCGCAUGAUCAAACCAAGGCCAAAUGAAGCACAAAAACAAACGAGAGGAAAAAAAAAAGGUCUAUCCUUUGUGGUACCAUGUCCCUGUUUUUCUUGUUUGUGACCACUGUUUUUUAUACAGUAUGAUCUGUAAAUCUGUGUUUAGGAAUGUGACAGACCUUUGAUUUAGUCCCUUUUUUGUGCCAUAAGACUUCUGAUCAAACAGGUGUUUUUUUAUUUAUUUUUAUUUUUUACUUCACUUCAAUGGAAUGACAUGGAACCUAACCCCCCCCCCCCCCC